GAACGAAACGCAUCAGUCAAAAAUCAAGAAUUAUUUGUUAGAUGGGAAAAGGCAUUUCAAUAUGUUUGAGGUUUCUGGAUAAUGGAUCCAAUACCUACCUACCUACCUUAAUAUGUUAAACAUUCCCUCAACAUUAUCAGUUCCCUAAAAUUAAAACUACCCUAAGAAUACUACACAAUGGUGAUUCCUCAUAAUUAAUGUCAGUUAACAGUGAUGAUUAAAUAAUUAUAAUUGUACCAUAAUUGUGUAUUUUUCCUUUCUCAGUAACAGGGGUGCUUUCCUUCCCAGCUCCUCCUUCUAUCCCACAAUUUAACCUGCACACAAGGGCAAAGAGAUGUUCCUGCAAUACAUGGAUGGAUAAGGAGUGUGUGUACUUCUGCCACCUGGAUAUAAUAUGGGUAAACACUGGAGGACAAACCCUUCCUUAUGGAUUAGGGAACCUACCAAGGCGUCGGAAGAGAACAACACCCCGCUGUCAGUGUGAGGAUAAAGGAGACAGAGUAUGUGAAACAUUUUGCCACCAGGAAGCAAGGGACAUUGUUGACAAUAAAUCACAAGCAGUCCAUACGGAUCUGCCUCAAAAACACUUCCGAAAAGUAAAGAAAUCGCAUGUCAACCUCUUGCAUGUUUUACGAGACAUCUCAGCAUUGAGCAACCUGAAAACCAACCAUGACUCUAACCCUUCGUUCUCACUGUCUCUGAGUUGAAAGGAGAAGAGAUAAAAUAUGAAAGCAGAGACAGUGAGAGGUAGAGAGUAAAAAGCCUUAAAAUAAAAAAGGCUUGAAGAAAGGAGAAGGGUUCUUCCGUCAUUGGUUUGCAAGAUGGAGCUAUACUCCAUAACCAACGGCUGUUCAGCCAUACUUGUCAAGGGCGAGGCAACUUGUUUUCAUGGCCCUGAAGACUUUGACAUGGAGAACACAAGUGUUAAAGGACUUUUUUAAACUGUGCAUUUACUCAGCAAAGGGUUAUGAUAAAGUUAAUGGAAUAAGGCAUAUUGAGCUUUUUCUCCUAUUUCGUUCAGUUUUGGUCGAAGAGAUCCACAUCCUACAAUAAUAACGUAUUAAGAGUCAAGAAGUGAUUGUACUUUUUACAGAAUAUGAAGGCAGUGGAUAAAAGGGGAGCAUGAAAUUCCUGCACACAAAGAAGUACUAAUUAAUAUUGAAGGACUUUUGAAAAGACAAACAACAUCACUUUGUCCCCCAAAAAUGGUAUAAGACAUUUUUUUCAGCAUGGAAAUGUUAAGAGGCUAUUUUCUUUCAUAUACAGAAAGGAUGUGUAGCUUCAGAAAACAGCUCAGUUGGGCUCAUGGUCAUUUGUCUAAUGGUCACCAAUAGUGGAACAAUGCCAUCAUCUAGUAGGUGACCUCUUAUGUAUCAUUAAACAUUUAUUUUGAUAGAAUGGUAGGUUACAAAAUCAAGUAGUCAAAUAGUCUUUGUAAAAACUGGAGAAGAUUGAUGGCAAAGAAUUGGAAGCAAUGCCCGGCUCUCUUUACUGCCUGUAGUGAUCGGUAUUUGUGUGUGAUUUGUAUGUUAGACACACACACUGUUCUAUUGUAAAGCAUGUGGAAUAUGUUGAUUUUUUAUAAAUGUGCUACUAUGUUACUAAUACUAGUAAUGCUCAGUUGGAACACUAUACUGUGUAAAAGUAAAGGAGAUCCCAUUAAAAUGACUGCCUUAUUAAAAUAUUAACCGACCAUAUUCAAAAACAAAGGUUCACAUCUGGACAUGGUUAGUGUGUGUCCUUAUACACUACACAGCACUACACAGCACAGCUAAUGUGGGUGUGGAUCUGGGUCUGCGGGCCCCACAAAAGCCAGGGGUCCACCGUUUUUUUCCUGGUGUCCCACUGGCCCAUGCCGGCACUGGGCCCAGGAGGUAUAGGGGCCCCACGAAGCCCUAAUUAGAAUGUAGAAUUUCAAUAACUAUUGGUCAAACAGGUCAACGUCUAGACAUUUUGGGGACCUGCAAAAUAAUUUGCUCUGGGGCUCAGUAAUAUGUAGUUAUGCCACUUCUACACAGCAUACAUUUUAGAUGUAAGCAUUACAUUAUAAGAUUAUAAUGCAGUGCUGCAAAAAACAAGAGCACCCCAACUAAUCGUUUUGAAUCAGGUGUAAAAAUAGGUAGUAUUUAUAAUUAACAUUAUCCUUAUUUAGUAUCUCAUACUGAUGAAAAUGUGAUUGAUAAAGUACAAUGAAUAUUGAUGUCUUUACCCUUUCAUCAUUACCAUAGGUUAGCAGUCCCUAAAAUUGGGCCACCCAAUAAAGGAUACAAGUUUUCUCCCAGUUAGUGAAAAUGCUUUAAGGAAGGCGCAUGGUUUCAGAAUAGAAAUUCACCCAUGCUGAAUGUCCAGUCACAGUCUGCUAUGUUUCUCAUGCAUUAGCAAUGUUAAAUGGAGGGAGAGUGAAAAUGUCAGUGCCUGUCGAUGGCCAAUAAUAAUCAUUUGCUAAAAAAGGAAUAAUAUUAUCGGUAGAGUGCAUGUGAUUAUUGAAAAACUUGCUGUUGGAGGAAAUAAACCUUUCUCAUAUGGGUGGCAUCACCAUCAGACACUGGGAUCAGAGAGCGCUCUCCUCUGCAACACUCUACCAAUGGUAGAACUUCUGAUACGAGAUCAAAUGGCUUAGAACAGAUGUCUCCAUCUGGCCAUUAAUGCUGAAAUACAUUGAUAUACACAUAUCUGAUUUUAUUUUACCAUUUCGAUUUUUGUUUCUAUAAGUUUGAUGGAAUUUUGAAAUGGAGGCUUAAACCUAGAAAUGCAGAAUACUUGGUACUGGAAAGCUCUUUCACACAUUACUCAUCAAUGCUUAGUGGUCUCUCACAGCAUGGGAGCUGAUUUAAAUGAAUACAUGUUAGUCACAUGUUUAAGUUUUCUUUCAACAUGUCACAGAGGUUUCAAAAAUGACUUAUUGUGUAAGACUUUACCCAUGAGCCUCUCUCACUAAUAUAAGGGGUAUGGUCUUAGGGCAAAAGGCAAUUCUUCUUAUUAUAUUUCUUCUAUAAUUAUAGUUCUAUAAGAAUAAUAUUCAGAAUGGUUCAAUAUGAUGAAGCUUUUAUGUGGGCUUAUAAAGUGAUUACAUAUUUAGUUUUUCACAUAAUGUAUUUUAUCAUUUUGAUUCUGUACAUUGUUAAUAUAAUAUAUUGUCAACUUCAAAUGGGAUAUUUUGUUUAUAUUCAUAUAUUUUGACUGGGGAACAAAAAACCUUUCACUGUACACUUCCAGUGCAUACCAUAUUAAAAUACCUUUACUACAGUGUAUUGCCUGCAAGAAAAUACAAUAAAAUGUCAUAG